AUGACAUUUGUGAAGAACGAGCUGAAGAUGUUCAAGAGGAUUCUUAGUCCAGAACUCCCAGAAGGCUUUGAGAGUCAGAAGCAGGAUAAGGAAGUGGUGUACCCUGAAGAUGAGCAGCAGGAGAGCAAUUCAGAUGAUCCUGCUGUGAUUUGCCAACGUGAACUCAAAUCUAAUCUAAAGAAGAAGUUUCAAUGUGUAUUUGAGGGGAUCACUAAACAAGGAAACCCAACACUUCUCAAUAAGAUCUACACAGAGCUCUACAUCACAGAGGGUGGAACAGGAGAGGUCAAUAAUGAACAUGAGCUGAGACAGAUUGAGACAACAACCAGGAAACAAGCAAGACCAGAGACUCCAAUCAAAUGUAACGACAUCUUCACACCCUUAACUGGACAAGACAAACUUAUCAGAACUGUGCUGACAAAGGGAGUCGCUGGCAUUGGAAAAACAGUCUCUGUGCAGAAGUUCAUUCUGGACUGGGCUGAAGGAAAAGCAAAUCAGGAUGUCCAAUUUGUAUUUUCAUUCCCUUUCCGGGAGCUGAAUUUGAUGAAAGAGGACAAACACACUUUCAUUAAACUUCUCAAUCACUUCUCAAUGGAAACCAAAGAAUCAAGAAUGUCCAACUACGACAAGUACAAUGUUCUGUUCAUCUUUGAUGGUCUGGAUGAGUGCCGACUGCCCCUAGACUUCCAGAAGAACAAGAUCUGUUGUGACGUCACAGAGUCAACCUCAGUGGAUGUUCUGCUGACAAAUCUCAUUAAGGGAAAUCUGCUUCCCUCUGCUCUCAUCUGGAUAACUACCCGACCUGCAGCAGCCAAUAAGAUCCCUUCAGGGUGUGUUGACCAAGUGACAGAAGUACGAGGGUUCAAUGACCCACAGAAGGAGGAGUACUUCAGGAAGAGAUUCAGUGAUGAGGACCUGGCCAGCAGAAUCAUCUCACACAUAAAGACAUCAAGGAGCCUCCACAUCAUGUGCCACAUUCCAGUCUUCUGUUGGAUUUCUGCAACAGUCCUUGAACACAUGCUGAAACAUAAGAGAGAAGAGAUGCCCAAGACUCUGACUGAGAUGUACACACACCUUGUGGAGUUUCAUACCAAACAGAAGAAUGCAAAGUAUCUUGGGAAAGAAGAGACAGGUCCACACUGGAAUAAAGAGAGCAUUCUGUCACUGGGAAAACUGGCUUUUCAACAGCUUGUGAAUGGCAAUCUGAUUUUCUAUGAAGAAGACCUGAAGGAGGCUGGCAUUGAUGUCAAUGAAGCCUCAGUGUACUCAGGAUUGUGCACACAGCUCUUUAAAGAGGAGUGUGUGCUGUACCAGGACAAGGUGUACUGCUUUGUUCAUCUGAGCAUUCAGGAGUUUCUGGCUGCUGUAUAUGUGUUCCUCUCACUCAUCAACAACAAAGAGAAUGUAAUAGACAAACUGCAAACAAAGUCCAGUAUCUUUACUUUGCUGUUCAAUGACAAUCCUGAAUUUACUGUCUACAGGAGUGCUGUGGAUAAAGCCUUACAAAGUGAGACAGGAAACCUGGACCUUUUCCUCCGCUUCCUUCUGGGCCUCUCACUGGAGUCCAAUCAGAAGCACUUACAAGGUCUACUGACAAAGACAAGAAGCAACUCACAGACCCAUGAAGAAACAGUCAAGUACAUCAAGAAUAAGAUCGGGGAGAAUCCCUCUCCAGAGAAGUGCAUCAAUCUGUUCCACUGUCUGAAUGAACUUAAUGACCAUUCUCUAGUGGAGGAGAUCCAAAGCUACCUGAGAUCAGGAAGUCUCUCAGAAGACAACCUGUCACCUGCACAGUGGUCAGCUCUGGUCUUUGUGUUGCUGACUUCAGAAAAGGAUCUGGAUGUGUUUGACCUGAAAAAAUACUCCAGAUCAGAGGAAGGUCUUCUGAGGCUGCUGCCAGUGGUCAAAGCCUCCAGAGCUGUUCUGCUGUCAGGCUGUGGAGUCACAGAGGAAGGCUGUGCUUAUCUGGUCUCAGUUCUUGAGUCAAACCCCUCACACCUGAGAGAGCUGGACCUGAGUAACAAUGACCUGAAGGAUUCAGGAGUGAAGCUGCUCUCUGCUGGACUUGGGAAUCCCCACUGUAAACUGGAGACUAGACAGAUACCCUCACACCUGAGAGAGCUGGACCUGAGCUACAAUCACCCAGGAGACUCAGGAGUCAGACUGCUCUCUGCUGGACUGGAGGAUCCACACUGCAGACUGGAGAAUCUCAAUGUGGAACAUGGUGGAGAGAACACAAUGAAACCUGGGCUUAGAAAAUAUGUCUGUGAUCUCACACUGGACCUAAACACAGUAGACAGACGCCUCUCUCUGUCUGAGGAGAACAGGAAGGUGACACAUAGGAGACAGAAGCAGCCGUAUCCUGAUCACCCAGAGAGAUUUGAGGACUGGAAACAGGUGCUGUGUAGAGAGGGUCUGACUGGGCGCUGUUACUGGGAGGUAGAGAGGAGUGGGAGGGCUGAUAUAGGAGUGACAUAUAAAGGAAUCAGCAGGAGAGGAGGGGUUAAGGACUGUUGUCUUGGAUACAAUGACAAGUCCUGGAGUCUGUACUGCUAUGACAACAGUUACACAGCCUGGCACAAUAAUAAUUCCACUACCAUAGACGUCCCCUCCUCCAGCUCCCACAGAGUAGGAGUGUAUCUGGACUGGCCAGCCGGCACUCUGUCCUUCUAUAGAGUCUCCUCUGACACACUGACCCACCUGAUCACAUUCACCUCCACAUUCACUGAGCCCCUCUAUCCAGGGUUUAGGGUUUGUGAUGUUGACUCCUCAGUGUCUCUGGAAAUAAUAACUUGACACACACACACACACACACACACACACACACACACACACACACUGAGACACACAAACUCACACACACAGACACAGACAAACACACACACACACACUGAGACACACAAACACACACACUGGACACACACUGGAAACACACUGGAAACAAACAAACAUUGGACACACACACACAAACACACACACUGGACCAACACACACACACUGAACACACACACACUAGACACACUCAC